UUGGGUGAAAGGCAGGGAACUCCUUGGACAGGCAGCCAGCCUGUGGCAGCGCUGACCAUUCAUGCUCGCAUUCACACCUACGAGCAAUUUAGAGUCACGUUUUAACUUAACCUGCAUGUUUUUGGGCAAUUGUCCAGUUAGGUUAAAGUGACUGUGUGGAGAAAACCCAUACAGUCUCAGAGGACCCUGACAGACCCUGGAAUGGCUGCAAGGCUUGCAUAGACAAUAUUUCAUCUCUAACUCUGCACACUAGCUUGUCUUUUAUUUCAACUUCAAAUACACAAUAUAUCUCUGUGUUAAUUCAAGGAAUGUCUGUCCAUGUGUUAAUAACAGAUAACUGUCCAAAGAUUUCAUUGACUGGCUUCAAACGAGGCGGGUGACUUACUAAGGGCACCGGUGUGUGCAGUGCCAACCUUGGUAGUUUUAGGACAAGCAAUACGAGAGAUAUUGGUGGAAAUGUGACAUUUACCAAUCGAGCUGCUUCCACCCUAUCUCACAAGGGGAAAUAAAUGGAGACACACUCACCACCCUUACCAUCUACUGAUCUGUAUGUGUCCCUCUGUUUCCUGUGCAGCACUCCGACAGUUUUGAGCCGGGUAAUGCUGACAUUGCAGAAAAUAUCAAUUCAUUAUUAAAACAAUCCAGCCCGAGAGCAGAUGUGCCGUAUCAGGGUUACAAUAUUAUGAGAUGUGGUGACUGGUGAGGACAGUGUCUGCUCAGCUGCCUGAGGGAGGAUUUGGAGGGUUUCACAUGCUCCCACAUUCGUUUGCUCCCUGUGUGGAGUGGGAACUCGGGGGUGUGAAUGAGCUGAGAUUCACGGCUGGUUGCGGAGCGGGUCACUCUGGAUUUGUACCUCAAAUGCCCAACAAUCACCUGACGGACACUCACUCAAACUGCUCAAAUCCCGCAGCGGCUGCGGCAUUUAUCCUCGAAAGCAACGGGACAAGCCUCUGACAUUUCGGUGGAGCGUGAAAAGUGGCCAAAUGGUGGACACAAAGAGCACGGUUUCGGUUUGCCGCUGAAUACUCCUGAUGAUGAUGAUGUUGUGCGGAUCCGGCCGUGGAGCCACGCGGCGGGGAGAAUGGCAGCAGAAGUCAAAGAGACGGCGCGCCACAAAGGAGGGCAGAGCAGGACGCGUGUGUGCAGAGAAGCAGUGCCCUAGAUCCAAGUAACAUCUGAGCUACUCUGUCAUUCAGGCUCCAUUCAUGCUGUUUCGGCUUCAAGUGCACCUGGAAAAACAAAGACAAUGCGUUCAGUGGCAGCACACCACCGUGCGUAAAUGGAGUCACGUCUGUGCGUAUUCGCCGUACUUUUCCCUUCACUGUGCGUUCAAUAAAGCGUGUUUGUUUUGUCACUGUCCCAUGACCACACUGGUAUAGAUGCAUUAUAUACUUCCUCAUACUUCACAUGUGCCAUGAGUGAUGGCGAUGUCUGCAGAAUCUGACAGUACCGGUGCGCGGGGCUGCUGUGCUCAUAAGAAAAGCUUCAGCGCACUGGAUCGCAAUGGUUAUGUGAAAACAUGUGUCAUCCCACUGUGCCGUGACCGAGGCUACGAGUCGUGGGUGAGGCUAAUGUUCACCAAAAUAUGGUGUUCCCAGAGACUCCGGAUUGCGGCGUGUGUGGGGUCGCUCUCGCUUUUUCUCGCUCUGUUGGUCAAAUGUGCAGAUUGGAGAGCUGAAGGCAGCAGCAGCAGCAGCAGCAGCGCUGACAACACACUCUCGCUUUCAUCGUCUCCAGUUCACUUCGUUGCGGGCUGCGCGGUGGACCUUUUGCAAACUUGCUGGAGUGCGCUCUCGCCAUUGUUCACCCUCGUAUGUGCCUUCUUCUGGGUCGGUGUCUACCUAAUCCGCUGCGGGGUUUUAAUCCAGACCGCCCUGUCCCUCCUGACCGUGUGCCACCUGGGCGAAGCGGCUGCGUGGACUCUCUUGGACGGGACAGAUGAGCAGCUCUUUUCGUUCACCACAGCGGCCGGAGUCGUGCUCGUCUGCGUGGCCACCGGCGCACUCAUGGUAGCACGACUGAACCAGGGCAUAUCUGUGGUCGUUUUCAUCAGCAUAAUCAGGACCAUUUCACUCUUCUCACUGCACAAAGUUAGGGCCACUUGGAGACCGUACGUAGCGUACCUGGUUGGAGUGUUGGGCAUCCUGCUGGCGAGGUAUGCUGACAAGCUCCUUCCUGACCAAGGGAGACACAAGGAGGGCUGCACCCCCGUGACUGGAGCCAGGGAAGAGAUCCCUGUAUUUAAAAGGCGCAGGAGGUCCAGUUCUGUGAUAGCGUCAGACAUGGCACACAGUCAGUCCAACAGUAAGUCACAUCGCCGGACCUCUCUGCCAUGCAUCCAGAGGGACCAGGUAAGAAGUUUCUGUCCCAUUCAACUUAGCUUUUUCUGGCUUAUUUUUUAA